UGCACAUUGCACAGUCACAUGUGGCGCCUGUUUAGUUUCGCUUCCGCGUUUGAACAGAAACCGUUAAAUCCUUUCAAUAAUGCAAACGUUUUAACGCGAAUAUAGUCAGAAGUUGGUUUAUUCAAUGUGUGAUUGUCGAUACCAGCGGACAUUUUGACGUUAUGUCGUUAAGUGUUGUUUAAAGACAUCAGUGCGACAGUUUGGGAAAGAGAAGAUCCCCAGGCUGGGUGGACACAACUAGACAGCUAAUUAAGACCUUUACUUUUAUUUAUCUACAGUAAACACGGUCAUAGGAAUCCUGAAAGUGCCCUUUUCCCAUCAGGUGUCACCGCUGAAAGUCAUGUUGCUGUCUCUGAGAAUAAUCAUCACUCCUCUUUACGUACUACUUGCUGGAGUACAAGCGGAAUUCAUCACAGACAACUGCAAGCUGAUUUCACAGAGCAAGUCUGAGCAAAAUGCGCUCCAUUUACUGGAGCCUCUCACCAAUCAAACCUUCACCACGGAAGGAAAGGAGAAGGAUUUUUCGUAUAUUUUUCAGGUGUGUGGAGAUGCUGGUGGAAUAAAGGAUGCAGGUCUUGUGCAGCAAGACAAAAAAGGAGGAAAGCUGGUCCGAAUUGGGAACUACACCAACACACGAGCUAUCAGAGGAAGUGACUGGGUUCUGCUCUUCUAUGAAGGGGGAGAGAAAUACGACAGCCACUGUUCACAAGAGGCAAGAAGAGCCAUGAUUAUGAUUUCAUGCAGCACAAGCACAACGAAUGCAUUUUCAGUGGUUUUGGAGGACAAUCAGAAGCAACAGGACUGUUAUUACCUGUUUGAGCUGGACUCCAAUGCGGUCUGUCCUGUAAUCCCAUCUAAAGUCAGUGCCGGCUCCAUAUUCCUUAUUAUUGUAUUCUGCUGCCUGGCUGUGUAUCUCACUGGUGGAUUCCUCUAUCAGCGACUGGUAGUUGGAGCCAAGGGAGUUGAACAGUUCCCCAACUAUACCUUUUGGUCAGAGAUCGGCAACUUAUCUGCUGACGGAUGCGAUUUUGUCUGUCGUUCCCGUGGCAACAGAGAAGAACGACCCACAUACAGAGGCGUGGCUACUGAACCUCUUGGGGAGGAGCAAGAGGAAAGGGAUGACCAUUUACUUCCCAUGUGACCAAAUCACAUCAACCAAUGAGAAGAGGCUGGGCAGUUAUUACAGUUUUGAAACCCAAAGAGAGAUGUUCAGUUCAGCAGGCAUGUUCCUAUUUCAGAAGUGCUGCUGUUUUUUUCUUUUUUCUUUUUAUUUAACUUCCCAAUAGCAUUUA